CAACUUCAGCAGCAAAAAGAUAUCAAUGUUAUUGGAGAAUACUCCAAAAUAUGAUGUUAAAUUUAUCUAAAUAAAAAUUAUAUGAAAUUAUAAUUAAAGGUGCUAAUGCAUUUAAUUCAUUCAUGGAUCUUAAACAGUUUAUGGUUCGUCAACAAGUACUUACACUUUACCGCAAAAUUUUAAGGACGAUAAAGCAAGUACCCAAUGAACAGGAUAGAGAGUACUUAAAAAACUGGGCAACUUCUGAAUUUAAAGGAAAUAAGAAAAUUGCCGAUGAAUUUGCUAUAAAAUCUUUAAUUGUGCACGGUGAAAACUCCAUGAAUGAAUUAAAAAAGAAUUUAAAGCUAUCUAAAUAAUAAAUAAUCAUGUCAAUCACAUACGAAUGAAUGUUAAAAGAAUAUUAAUUGUAAGAAGUAUAGUUCCAACAGAAACCAAUGUUAGUGGGAUUGUAUCUCUCAUACUCUUAUUACUAAUAAAUGGUCUCAAAAGAUUCUGAGACAACUCUAUUACGAUGUAUUGACCAUCGAAAAAGAAA